ACACAAUAAAAGGACAUGUUUUGGGCCCAAACCAGUCGCCCAGCCCUAGUGAUCUCUUUCCCUUCCGAGGGUUUUCUUCGCAUACUGUAACACAGACACACCGCUGUAUCUCUGCUGUGUUUUGCCCACACAUCCGUCUUCUUCCAAAUUCCUUGGACAAGAAGAUGGUGAGGCCUUAUGGAGUCAAAGUGCAUAAGCGAAAGAAGAGAGAAGGGAACUAUGAUAAAGAAGAAGAAGAAGUUGAAGAACAAUCGAUUCAAGCAGCCAAGAAAAAGACUUUAAAAUCUACCAAGGAAGAUGAAGAUGUUGAGAAGAAAGCGGAGGAAGAUGAAGCAGAAGAAGAAGCAGCACCGGUAGAGGUGGUUGAGGGAAUUCCAGCUGCCCCAAGUGACCAGAAGGCCCUGAAGCGUGGAGCAAUUUUUGUUCUUGAGAGGGCCUCCUUGGAAGUUGGAAAAGUUGGGAAGAGUUACCAGCUUUUGAAUUCGGAUGAACAUGCCAAUUUCUUGCGGAGGAAUAACAAGAAUCCUGCUGAUUACAGACCUGAUAUCAUUCAUCAGGCACUCCUGUCGAUCUUGGAUAGCCCACUUAAUAAGGCUGGGAUGGUGCAAGCUAUCUAUGUGAAAACUGAGAAAGGAGUUCUUUUUGAAGUUAAACCACAUGUUCGUAUUCCAAGGACCUUUAAGCGGUUUUCUGGCAUCAUGUUGCAGCUUUUACAGAAACUUAGCAUAACUGCUGCGAGCAAUCGUGAGAAACUUUUGCGUGUGAUUAAGAAUCCUGUUACCCAGUAUCUUCCUCUAAACUCUCGUAAAACAGGCCUCUCUUAUAGUUCAGAAAAAUUGGUUGAUAUCCAGAAGUAUGUGGCAACCAUUAGUGAUGAUAUGGAUCUUGUUUUUGUGGUUGGUGCAAUGGCCCAUGGGAAAAUUGACAACGAUUAUACUGAGGAUUGGAUAGCAAUUUCUGGUUAUCCUCUUAGUGCUGCGUUCUGUAUAUCGAUGAUCUGCCAGGGUGUUGCAAAGAAAUGGAACGUACUAUAAACACUCUCAUCUCUUACUCUAUUGAGUGUCAUUAUAUAUCUUCAGUGAAGUUAUUACUUAAUUUAUCAAUUUUGCUGUGGUUACUGUAGUUCGAAGUGCAGUGCUGUGCUUGAAGAUCUUUAGCUUUCAUUUGGGCAAUUUACAACAUUUAUCAGCUUGAAUUUCAUUCACUGUCAAUAACUACACUAAUCUCAUAUUAGCCCUACAA